UGCAAGUAGAGGGUGCGGGCUGGAGAAUGUAUCUAUUGUGGGGUUGAGUUUUGGGUUACAUGUCUGCCUUAACUGAAUACAGUGCAGGAGAGCAGCUGACACGAGUCAACUAUCCAGAGAUAAUAGCUAAGUAUUUAACUUUAUUUUUUACUCUGUAUCAGGGCUGAUUCAUAAACUCUAGUACUAGUGAAUUUCUCUGUAUAAUUUUACCUAUAUGGUAAUACUAAAACCUGAUUACCGUGAUUUGAAAUUGUUUGUCGUGUCUGGUCAUUUUUACUCUCAGGGUCUCAAUAGAUAUUAAGAUAAUAUUAGGCCUUGUUUUCUUACAACAAGCUUUGACCCGGGUUGAGCGAGACAGAUUGCAUGGAGGCCGUCCGUAAGCCGACACAAUAACAAACAGCCACGCUUGUGUGAAAGAUUCAUUUCUGCAAGGAAUGUUUCUGUUUAUUCUGUUUAGCCAUAUUUUUGUUGCUUGAGACACACCGUGAGCCAGAUUGCAGCAGGGAUGUAGAAAUGUUUGCUCGGAUGGAAGCAUCAGUAACAAGCUGCUUCCGGGGCAUUGAUACAUGCAUUGCGUACUUGCGUCUGUCACCCAGGUGGGUCGCUGCGACGCAGGUACGACCCAGCUAAACGGUUUCACAGUACACAGGACUGUGACCCGGGUAGCCAGAACCUGGGUCAGGACCCGGGUAGAAGUGCCAAUGUGAAAGGGGCAUAAGGCUUCAGUGCCAGAAACCUUGGUGAUAGUCCAGUGUGUUCAUAUCACCAGCCUCUGAAGCACAGUUAAAUACCAGCUGUGUACUCUGCGUCAUAAAGAAAAAAAGGUGAAAGAAAAAACAUUUCAAAGGGGAAAAAUAGUCAUUUUCUGAUUUCAGUUUGUGGGUUGUCCAGACAUUGCAGCGUGUCUGAAUUUGUAAAGGGAUAGAGUACUCAAGACUCCCUUAAGAACAAAAAAAAACCAAAAAAAAAAAACACACUUGCCUCAGUCAGGUGUUAAUUGACAUUCUCCCUGCAUCCUUUCUUCCUUACAAGUUGAUAUCUGGGGUUUUCUUUUUAUCAUUUUAUUUAUAUGUAAACAUAAGAGAGGAAAAAAAACAAAACAUUAUGCUCAUAUAAAAUGAACGUGUUUGUCACAUCGCCCUCACUGCAUGAUUCUGCCUCCGUUGCCUGGAGACCUGCUUAAGCAGCCAUGGAGAGUAAGCUGCAGCUUGUAACUCUUUUCUUACUGCAGCUUCUCGUAAUUAGAGACGGUUUGAGUUUUGGCAUCAGAAAUGACCACCUGGGCAAAUGCAUCCAGCUGAUCCCGGGGAAGGGCAGGGUGGCCUUGGCUGAGUGCAACCCUGAGUCUGAGCUGCAGAAAUGGGACUGGCAAGCCAGCUCACAGUCACUGAUCAGUCUGAAGACCAAGGAGUGCCUGACUGCCGCCAGAGCCAAGGAGCACGAGAUGGUCAGGCUCCAAGUCUGCAGGGAGGGGGAGAACCAGGGCUGGAGCUGCUCAAAGAAGGGCCACCUUACUCUCCAGGGGCAGGGGCUGCACCUGAGCACCAAGCAGGGCUCCUCCAAGGUCUUCCUCUCCAAGGAAAGGGGCAAGACCAGCAAGUGGAGGACGAUGCACAACGGGACUAUGUGUGCGGAGGCAGCCAAGCCCCCAACCUGGAAGCAUGAGGGUCCAACAGAAAGGGUGCAGCAACCGACAUUGACCCUGCAGACAACUGCAUUUGUACCUACAAUGAAAGCUGAGACAGCAGCAACGAACCUCUCCAUGAAAGAGCCUGAUCCUACUGUCCCCAGUGUCCCGGAUGUCAGCACAGACACACAGAGAACAGAGAAGCCUUUGAUCAGCCUGGAUGAUGGGAUGAGCUGGAAGGUGGCCAUGCUAGUUCUGAGUUCCUUGGCUCUGUUUCUGGGGCUGACUAUACUGUCUCUCAAUAUCCACUACAACAGAAAGAAGAAGUUGCUGUUGGUUUCAAAGCCCUACGGGGCUGGCAAUGUGCGCGGGCCAGUCGCUGGGAACCCAGAUGAGAGGGCACCCCUAACCCAGCGUCCCGCCAGGGGGGGCAGCCGCCACCCCCCUCCGUCCCGCUCCCCCUCCCUGCAGCGCGGCGAGAUCCUGAUAGAGUGGAAGGAUGGCACUGUCACCCCGCUGUUCGACAGCGUCGGCUAAAUGACAGACUGAGGGCUCAUCGAUCUACCCCCAGCACCCUUAACAGCAAACAGCAUCCCCUUUCUGAGCUUAGGGUCCUCCACCGAUAGAAGCUGCAUGCUACCUUUUAUAGUAAAAGCAUAUCAAAGUGUAAUAAACAGUGGUGGGGAAAUUACUUUAAAAAAAUGUAAUCAGAUUACAGUAAUGCAUUGCAUGUCAUGUGUUAUUCUCCAACACUGGUAGUAAAGCAUAGUGAAAGCAUGGUGAAGCAUACAGUAAGUAAGCAUUGUUAACUCCAAAGAUGUAUGGUAAAGCAUUAAAAAAAAACAUGACAAGCCAUUUUAUACUCUGUUAAUGAAUAGUAUAACCAUGGAAAAAGCAUGGGAAAUUACUGUGGUGAACUCUGGUAAGAGUUGUACUGACUUCCAGUUCAAAGAGGAAAUGCUACACAUGCUCCCGCUGAUGUUGCAGACACUGAGAUUUGACUGUGUUUUCUAAUUUGGGAUUGCCAGCGUGUCUCAUGCCCGUGUGCAUCAUGACACUGUCUGCAGCGUGUCUCUCAUGCCCGUGUGCAUCAUGACACUGUCUGCAGCGUGUCUCUCAUGCCCGUGUGCUUCAUGACACUGUCUGCAGCGUGUCUCUCAUGCCCAUGUGCAUCAUGACACUGUCUGCAGCGUGUCUCUCAUGCCCGUGUGCAUCAUGACACUGUCUGCAGCGUGUCUCUCAUGCCUGUGUGCAUCAUGACACUGUCUUCAGCGUGUCUCUCAUGCCCGUGUGCAUCAUGACACUGUCUGCAGCGUGUCUCUCAUGCCCGUGUGCAUCAUGACACUGUCUGCAGAGCGUCUCUCAUGCCUGUGUGCAUCAUGACACUGUCUGCAGCGCGUCUCUCAUGCCUGUGUGCAUCAUGACACUGUCUGCAGUGUGUCCCUCAUGCCCGUGUGCAUCAUGACACUGUCUGCAGCGCGUCUCUCAUGCCCGUGUGCAUCAUGACACUGUCUGCAGCGUGUCUCUCAUGCCCAUGUGCAUCAUGACACUGUCUGCAGCGUGUCUCUCAUGCCUGUGUGCAUCAUGACACUGCAGCGUGUCUCUCAUGCCCGUGUGCAUCAUGACACUGUCUGCAGCGUGUCUCUCAUUCCUGUGUGCAUCAUGACACUGUCUGCAGCGUGUCUCUCAUGCCCAUGUGCAUCAUGACACUGUCUGCAGCGUGUCUCUCAUGCCUGUGUGCAUCAUGACACUGCAGCGUGUCUCUCAUGCCCGUGUGCAUCAUGACACUGUCUGCAGCGUGUCUCUCAUGCCUGUGUGCAUCAUGACACUGUCUGCAGCGUGUCUCUCAUGCCUGUGUGCAUCAUGACACUGCAGCGUGUCUCUCAUGCCCGUGUGCAUCAUGACACUGUCUGCAGCGUGUCUCUCAUGCCUGUGUGCAUCAUGACACUGUCUGCAGCGUGUCUCUCAUGCCUGUGUGCAUCAUGACACUGCAGCGUGUCUCUCAUGCCUGUGUGCAUCAUGACACUGUGCAGCGUGUCUCUCAUGCCUGUGUGCAUCAUGACACUGUCUGCAGCGUGUCUCUCAUGCCUGUGUGCAUCAUGACACUGCAGCGUGUCUCUCAUGCCUGUGUGCAUCAUGACACUGUCUGCAGCGUGUCUCUCAUGCCUGUGUGCAUCAUGACACUGCAGCGUGUCUCUCAUGCCUGUGUGCAUCAUGACACUGCAGCGUGUCUCUCAUGCCUGUGUGCAUCAUGACACUGCAGCGUGUCUCUCAUGCCCGUGUGCAUCAUGACACUGUCUGCAGCGUGUCUGUUUGUAAAGCAGCUUUAGUUUAAUGCAGUGUAAAGACAUUAGAGCAGUGCAGAGCAGGGUGACAGGUGCUACAGUUAUAGUGCACGUGAAGCAGUGGUUUCUUUUUGGAACUGCACAACGCAGAAAAAGGGUGCCUUUGCGUGUGUUUCAAACCUUAUGUUUGUCACUUUUCAAAAAGUAGGAGUUAAAGGCUGAAGUAAAUAUGGAGAAAAUUCAGAUGACCUUUUACUCAAAAGCAUUUUAAGACUAACAUGUUUUUGUUUCUCAUUCAGAUCAAGAAUAAAAACUUUAGAAUACAAAUCUUUGUGAAUUUCUCCCAUUGUGUCUUGGUAUCCACAUGCUAACUGUUACUAUCUGUGCUCUGUUUCAUCGUUAACAGCACUGUAAGAAGCAACAGUACUGGUUCACAACCUCCAAAUAAAAACUACUUACCAGUGA